AAUAAGAAUUAAACGGUGUCUCCUACUCGAACCAAAUGAAAAGUACGAAUCCUUAAAGAGCCACCGCUGCCGCACGCACUCCUCCGCAUUCCGCCGUGGUGACGGACCUCUGCGACGACGAGCCUCCUCCCUGCCGAACCUCCUUGAAGUUGAGCGUUGAAGUUAGGGUUGCCACUGCAAAUGGGUGUGGCGGAGGCCAACACAGCCCUUCAAGCUCCCUCCAAAGCGACGUCAGAGAGCGUCGACGACUUGCUUGAUGCUGCAAGAUAUAAUGACAUGGAUGAUGUUAAGAGCUUAGAGGCCAGUGGGGUUCCUCUUGAUUCCAAGGAUGAUCAGGGCAGAACAGCUCUUCAUAUGGCUGCGGCUAAUGGACAUAUGGAUAUUGUGGAGUAUCUAAUCAUUAAGGGAGUGGAUCUUAAUGCACCUAAUGAGGAAAAAAAUACACCUCUUCAUUGGGCGUGUCUCAAUGGGCAUGUUGAGGUUGUGAAGAAACUAAUCUUAGCUGGAGCUAAUGUCAGUGUUUUAAACAGUCACGAGAGGACCCCAAUGGAUGAAGCUGUGAGUAGGGGAAAGCUAGAAGUGAUGGAUGCAAUCAAUGAAGCUGUGGCACUAGUUGAACUUCGUGGUGCUAUGGUUUCUGCACAAGAAACCUGAAGUUUAUGUCACUUUAAGUAGCUUCUAAUAUGAGAAUUUGGUGAUAGUUAUACGUGUGCUCUUAUAAUGUUUACAUUGUUAGUUGUGAACAAUGUCAUGAGUUUGUUUUCUUUUAUCAUUUUCCAUAUUGGAUUUCCUCAUUCGAAAUCAAAGCGGGUUCAUUUCUUCCUAAGCCUAAAA